AUGUCAUUUAGAAACACAUCUAUUCGUAUGGCUAGAGCUGCUACGAGCAGAGCCGCUGCACAAGCUGGUGCAAAAAGAAGCUUGACUGUCCUUGCUACUGCCGCACGCCCGGCUGCCUCUAGAAAGGCAACAGCACCAGCUGCUGUUCGUGGUGUUAAGACCAUCAACUUCGGUGGUACUAAGGAGGUUGUUCACGAGCGUGAUGACUGGCCAAGGGAGAAGUUGCUUGACUACUUCAAGAACGACACCCUUGCCUUGAUUGGUUAUGGUUCUCAAGGUUACGGUCAAGGUUUAAACUUGAGAGACAAUGGUUUGAAUGUUAUCAUUGGUGUCAGAAAGAAUGGUGCUUCAUGGAAGGCUGCUAUUGAGGAUGGUUGGGUUCCCGGUGAAAACUUGUUCGACGUUAACGAAGCUGUUAAAAAGGGUACUUACGUCAUGAAUUUAUUAUCUGAUGCUGCACAAUCUGAGACCUGGUCUUCAAUCAAGCCAUUACUUACCAAAGGUAAGACUUUAUACUUCUCCCAUGGAUUCUCGCCUGUCUUUAAAGACUUGACUCACGUUGAACCCCCAAGUGACAUCGAUGUCAUUUUGGCUGCUCCAAAAGGUUCUGGUAGAACUGUCAGAUCUUUGUUCAAGGAAGGCAGAGGUAUAAACUCUUCUUACGCCGUAUGGAACGAUGUUACUGGAAAAGCUGAAGAGAAAGCUAUUGCUUUGGCUGUUGCUAUUGGUUCUGGUUACGUUUACCAGACCACUUUCGAGAAGGAAGUCAACUCUGACUUGUACGGUGAAAGAGGUUGCUUAAUGGGUGGUAUCCAUGGUAUGUUUUUGGCUCAAUACGAUGUCUUGAGGGAAAAUGGUCACAGUCCAUCUGAGGCUUUCAACGAGACUGUCGAGGAGGCUACUCAAUCUUUGUACCCAUUGAUUGGUAAGUAUGGUAUGGACUACAUGUACGAUGCCUGCUCCACCACUGCUAGAAGGGGUGCUUUGGACUGGUAUCCAAGAUUUAAAGAUGCCUUAAAGCCAGUAUUUUCUGAAUUGUACGAAUCAGUCAAGAAUGGAACAGAAACCAAGAGAUCUUUGGAUUUCAAUUCCCAAGCAGAUUACCGUGUUAAGUUGGAAGAAGAAUUGGAAACCAUCAGAAAUAUGGAAAUCUGGAGAGUUGGUAAGGAAGUCAGAAAGUUGCGUCCAGAAAACCAGUAA